CUUGUUCAAUUAAAGGUCGACUUCAUUUUUUCACAUGGAAACCCUCAAUUUUGAUCCCAGCGCUAAAAAUGGAGAAACAUGUCAUGUUCAAAUGUCACGAAAAUAGGUCGUUUGACCUUGAAAGAAAGAACCCGAAGAUCAUCGUCGACGAUCACGAUUUUUAUCUAGAGAGCAGCAGACCCACCAAGAGUACGUGGUUCUGCUGCAUGAUCUACAAGACCAAAUGCAAGGUGCGAGUUUCGACCUCUGGCACAUACGUUGUGGUCAACGGGGUCCACAAUCAUCUUCCCAGGAAGAGGGUCAAUGCCAAGUACAGAUCUAAGGAAGUGACUAUCGUCAGGGCCAGUUAAAGCGAAAAGAACGCCUCUAAAUGGACUUUAAAAACUCGUACUAGCUUUGCUGUCAAAAACUGCGCAGACUAUUUAUAUAUUUAUUGGUACCGUAUUGCUUAUAUUCUCAGAGCUUGAAAAUGUAAAAGCGACGUAUAAAACGCA